AUGAUUUUUUCCUUUGAGGAACACAUAAAGCAUGAGCAUAAUAUGUGGCAUUAUCUCUACUUCAUUGUGUUAGUGAAGGUGAAGGAUCCGACAGAAUUUACAGGGCCGGAAUCAUACGUUUACUCUAUGGUUAAGGAUCGAAAUCUGGAAUGGUUCCCGAGAUUGCGGGCCAAAUCACUGGCAGCGGACGAAGGUGAAGGUGAGCAAGUGGAAUUGAGAAGUUUACAAUCGCAAUUAGAAUCUACGCAGCAGUUAGUUAAAUGUUUGUCGCAACAACUGAUGGAGCUUCGUGAUCAGAUGACGGAGCAACGAAAGCAAAAGAGCGACUGGGACUUUUGAAUUCUGCCUCUGCAGUUUACAUAAUAUAUCUACGUA